AUGUGGAACCUUCCCGGCGAGCCCCGGGCGUGGAAUCCGAUCGUGCCUGGGAGGAGUCCCGCAACCUACCCGGGGCUCUCAAACCACCCCCGAGCCCCGUGUCCGCCCUUCCCGGUGCGGCUAAACGGCUACCGGCAGCGCACCGGGUCCCCGGGCAUCACCCGCUCCCUGGCGCACCGAUCCCACUCCUUCCCGGGCAGUGGGACCUGGAGCAUCACCCCCCUCCACGGGGUAUCACUCCCCGGUGCAACGAUUUACUAUCCCAGCCGCACCGAUUACGAUGCGCCGCACAGCUACCGGCAGUGCACCGAGUCCCGGGCAUCACUACUCCUGGGCAUCAUCCCCUCCCUCGCAUUAUGCUGCCGCCGUCGUCACCACCUUGCAGUGGCCGGUCUGGGCACCGCCACCGCGCCCCAGGUGAGCCCCGUGGACCGAGCCUUGCGCGGUGCCCAACGGGGAGCGGAGCGGGGCAGGCAGCCGGACCGGGUCAAGCCGCCCGGCCUGUUUACACCGGCUCGGCCCUUUCCCAUCGUUGAGCGGAGGACGGGUCCCUGUUCGCUCCGCUCCGUUCCCCCCCGUGGCGGCGCAGUCGUUCAUCCCGGCGCGCUGUGAUUGGCUGAGGGGCGCGAGGGGCGGGCAGGGCGCGCUUUUCCGCCCUCCGACGCGGCGGCGCGUGCCCCCUCGCCCGCCCGGCGCAACCCGGCGGGGGGGGGCGGCGGCGGCGGCUCCGGGACCCGACCCCCAAACCGGGACCCGGCCCCGAACCCCCCCCACAGCGGCGCCAUGGAGGCGGCGGCGGCAGACGGCAGCCGCCGAGGGACACAAAGAACGACGAGGCGGCGGCGGGCAGCGCGGAGAGGCCCUAUGGCGGUAGUGGCAGCGACAGGGCCCGGCCCCGGUGGUGGCGGUGGUAGCAAAGGGACUCCCCGGUACAGCCUGCUGGCUGAGAUAGGCCGCGGUGCCUACGGCGUGGUGUACGAAGCGGUGUCGGGCCGUAACGGCGCCCGUUUGGCGGUGAAAAGAAUCCGUUGCGACGCCCCCGAGAACGUGGAGCUGGCGCUGGCCGAGUUCUGGGCCCUGACCAGCCUCAGGCGGCAGCACCCCAACGUGGUGCGCUUCGAGGAGUGCGUCCUGCAGCGGCACGGCCUGGGGCAGCGCAUGAGCCACGGCAACAAGCGCAGCCAGCUCUACCUGCGCCUCGUCGAGACCUCCCUCAAAGGGGAGAGGGUGCUGGGCUAUGCAGAGGAGCCUUGCUACCUGUGGUUCGUGAUGGAGUUCUGCGAGGGGGGAGACCUCAACCAGUACGUGCUGUCCCGCAGGCCUGACCCAGCCACCAACAGGAGCUUCAUGCUGCAGCUGACCAGUGCCAUUGCCUUCCUGCACAAGAACCACAUUGUGCACAGGGACCUGAAGCCAGACAACAUCCUGAUCACCGAGAAGUCCGGCAGCCCGGUGCUGAAGGUGGCAGACUUUGGCCUCAGUAAGGUCUGCGCCGGCCUGACCGCGCGGGGCAAGGAGGGCGCCCCCGAGAACAAAAGCAUCAAUGUCAACAAGUACUGGCUGUCCUCUGCCUGUGGCUCUGACUUCUACAUGGCCCCCGAGGUCUGGGAAGGUCACUACACAGCCAAGGCUGACAUCUUUGCCCUUGGCAUCAUCAUCUGGGCCAUGAUCGAGAGGAUCACCUUCAUCGAUGCCGAGACCAAGAAGGAGCUGCUGGGGACCUACAUCAAGCAGGGGACUGAGAUCGUGCCCGUGGGGGAAGCGCUGCUAGAGAACCCAAAGAUGGAGCUGCACAUCCCUCAGAAGCGCAGGACUUCCAUGUCUGAGGGCAUCAAGCAGCUCCUGAAGGACAUGUUGGCUGCUAACCCACAGGAUCGACCUGAUGCCUUUGAGCUCGAAACCAGGAUGGACCAGGUGACUUGUGCUGCUUAA